CCGAGAUCACACCACUGCACUCCAGCCUGGGCAACAGAGCAAGACUCUGUCUCAAAAAAAAAAAGUUAGAGUGAAGCUCAGCACUCACACUUGCCCAAUGUCACAGUCAAACCUGUGGAUGUGGAGCUUACAGUAACUCCAGAACCAGGUAAGGAACUUACAUCAAGCCAGGAAUAGGCUGCAACUCAGCCUCUAGAGCAUCCUAAGGAGGUGGACUCUUCCUCAACCCAAUUAGAGGCCCCCAGCUCAGAUACCAGAGCACCCUGAGGAGAUGAAACCUUCUGCAACCCACUAAGGGACCCCAGCUGAGCCUCCAGGUCCUCCUGUGAAGGCUGAACUUUCCCCCAGUGAGCAGGAGAAGCCAGCUCAGCCUUCUGAGUUUCCUGGGGAGGCUGAACCUUCUCAGACCCAGCAGGAGGCCCCAACUCAGCCUCUAGAGUCCUCUGUGGAGAGUGCAGCUCAAACUCCACUGAAUCAUGAAGCGACACUUCACCCUCCUGGUGAAGAUCAAGCUCAUUAUAACUUGCCCAACAUUACAGUGAAACCUGCGGAUGCAGAGGUUACCAUAACCUCAGAGCCUACCAAGGAGAUUGAAUCUUCUCUAGCCCAGCAGGAGGCCCCAACCCAGUCUCCAGAGGAGGUGGAACCUUCUGCAACCCAAGAAGAGGCCCCAGCUGAGCCUCCAGGUUCUCCUGUGAAGCCUGAACCUUCUCCCAGAGAGCAGGAGAAGCCAGCUCAGCCUUCUGAGUCUUCUGGAGAGGUUGAACCUUCUCCCACCCAGGAGAAGAUCCCAGCUCAGCCUCCAGACAUCAUGAAGUAACAGUUUUACCUCAAGCUCAGCACUCAGAUUUGCCCAAUGUCACUGUUAAGUCUCCAGAUAUGCAGCUCACCAUAGCAACGGAGCCUACUGCAGAGAGGGAAAUUUCUCCAAUCCACCAGCAGGCUACAGCUCAGCUCUCAGGGCCAGUUAAUGAUGCAGAACCUUCCGCCACCCAGCAUGGGGGCCCAUCUCUGCCUCCAGAGUCAUCAGAAGAGGCUGGACCUUUACCAGUUAAACAGGAGUCUUCAAUACCAUAACCUAUUAAGGAUGAGAACCCCUUUCCAACCCAGCAGGAGGCUGCAGCUGAGCAUCCACAGACCCCUGAGGAGGUUGAUUCUUCUCCAACCCAUCAAGAAGCCCCAGCUCAGCCUUCAGAGCUCCGUAAUGAAGUUGUAGCUCAAUCUCCAGAGCAUUAUAAGGUAAUAGUUUCUCCUCUAAGUCAUGAUCAAGUUCAGCCUCCAACAUUGCACAAUGUCACUGUUAAACUUGUGGAUCACAUGGUUGCCGUGACUCCAGAAUUCACUAAUCAGGUUGAAAUUUUAAUACAACAGGGGGCCCCAGCUCAGUCCUUAAUGUCCCCUGAGCAGUUUCAACAUUUGAAAGACCAGCAAGAGAUUGUAAUUCAGCAGCUAAAUACCCCUGAAAUGAUGAACUUCCUCCAGUCCAUCAAGAGGCCACAACUCAGCCUCCAACUCAGCUCUCCUCAGACUUUAAGUUCAUAGAAUGAUGAGAUGGUAUUUUCAACUCUAGAUCUGUCUUCAAUAUUAAGAAGUAAUUCAACUUUGACUAUUGUUAGGGUCACCCUGACCAGACUGUUCCCUUUCCCUCCCACAGGCCUUACAAUACAGUCCCUUGCACUCUCCACACAGCUACCCCAGGGCAAAAGACAAACCCCCUUUCACUGAACCCUCCAGUGACUGUCCAGAAGAUUUCGGCUAAACUGGCAGUUACAAGAUGCGGUUAACAUGUCUGUUAACCUCGCUUAACAAAGCUGGCAAAAACAUCUCCAGGAAGUGGGCAGAACACCUGCUCCCAACUCAGUUCACACACCCUGACCCAGUUCCUUGCCCUGUAAAGCCCUGCUGCAGCCUGUAAGCGGCGCUGUCUCCUCUGCUAGUCAAGGAGCAGCCCGGCAGGACAAUAAAAACUUGCCCGUCUGACUUUGGGUCUCCUUGUCCUUUUCCUCGGCCGGCCUUACAACCAAUACCACAGUUAAAAAUGUGGAUAUGGAGCUUACCAACUGUCGAGGUUGAACCUUCUCCCUUCCAGCAGGACAACCCUCCGAUUCCCACUGAGCAGGCUGACUUUUCUCUAACCCAGCCUGAUCCCCCUUCCCCACCUCUGGAUUCUCUUGAAAGGAUUGAAUCUCCAGUCAGGCAACAGGCCACAGCUCAGACUCCAGAUCCCUCUAAGGAAGUAGAACUUUCUCCAGUCCCACAAGAGUUCCCAGCUGAGCCACCAGCGCCCCCUAAGGAGGCUGAACCAUCUGCAACCCAGCAGGAAGCCUCAGGUCGUCCUCCAAAGUCCACUGAAGAGAGCCCAGGAAACCACCCUGGGGGUGAAGCCAACAACCCCACUCUCACUACUGACAGUGCUGGAGGAGCCACCACUGCUAAAGAACCUCCAUCUAUGGACUUAAUACACAGUCUUAGUGUCCCACACAAUAUUGUUUCUGACCAUGAAAUUCACUUCACAAGAAAAGAAGUGAAACAGUAAGCGGACACCACAGGAUUCACUGGUCUGACCUGCGCUCCAUCAGCCAACCUUCUAGAGUGGUGGCAAAGUCUACUGAAGGCCCAGGUAAUCUACCAGCUGUUAGAUAGCACCCUGUGAGAUACAGCGCUGUUAAAAGGAUGCAGUAUAUGCUCUGAACCAGUAUACCAUUUCUCCUUUAGCCAGAUACAUAGUUCAGAAACCAAGGGCUGAAUGUAGGAGUGGUUUCUGUCAUACUUAGACUUUUUUUUUUUUGAGACAUGGUCUCCCUCUGUCACCCAGGGUAGAG